AUUGAUUCCGCCAAGGUUGAGGCAAACCAGAUGGGUUCGUUAUGGUCUCAUCUGGUAUAAAAGCCCAGCACCCAUCCGAGCAGUCAUUCAAAUCACGACAAAAUGUUCAAAUUGUUGGCUCUUGCUGCUCUCUUCGCUUACGCCUCCGCCGCCCCCGGGCUCGUCGCCGCCCCGGUGGUAGCCCACAGUGUGUCCCAUCACAGCACUGUGCAGGCCCAUCCAGCCCCCGUGGUCGCCGUCCACGCCGCCCCCGUGGUGCCUGUAGUCAAGGCAGCCCCCGUGGUCGCCGUCCACCACGCCCCCGUGGUGCCCGUCGUUAAAACCGUGCCCGUAGUUAAGACCGCCGCCGUCGUGCACGCCGCCCCCGCUGUUGUUGUCCACCACUGAGAUGUUUUAAGUCUGCUUUAAUUUAUUUUCUUUUCUAAUAAAUUUUUUUCACUCGA